CAAUUGCUUUCUGGAUAUAUUGCAUCAUCUGUACGCGCAGUACGUAAUUACCUCUAUGAAUACGGAACUACGAAUAACUAUGCACUGAUGGGCACGGAUUCGUAUUUCCGAUCGAACGUUUGCUUCCAGGCUGUACAAAAAAUUCCGCAAGGAGCAGCUCAUGCCGAUAACGACAACGAACACCAGCAGCUACAAUCGGCAUGUGAGUCUUGGGGAUUCUACGGUCCAUUGCCGCCACCACCCAAUCAGUACACGGAAAUCAGGCGACCAGCAGCGCGUAACAGCGAACCAACAGUUCGUUGCCCAGUGAUUAAUCGUCGGCAGCACCAAUCGCAUGCUCUUCGCCAGGUGAAAUUUUUGCAUCUUUCUGUUUUAAAUAUGUUUUUUUUUUGUUCAAACCGUUAG